CACACAUUCAACACACCCCUGCCUCUCACGGACUGCCCUCCCCCUCUUCUUUCUCUCUCUCUGUCUCUCUCUCUCUGAAAAUGGAACUCUUCUCUCUCCAAACACUCCUCUUCAUCUCCAUAUUCUCUCUCUACCUCUACCGCAUCUUCCUCCAUCCAAAAGGGCCAAAACCCAAAUCAUCCACCACAACUACCGGCUUCAAAAAAUACCCAUUAGUCGGAAGCCUCCCGGAAUUCCUCCUCAACCGCCAUCGCUUCCUCGACUGGACCACUGCCGUCCUUUCUCGUUGCCCCACCAACUCCGCCGUCUUCCACCGCCCGGGCAACGUCCACGGCAUCAUCACUGCGAACCCCUCCAACGUCGAACACAUGCUCAAGACCCACUUCGAGAAUUACCCAAAAGGCCCUCGGUUCAUCACCCUCCUCCAAGACUUCCUCGGCCGGGGAAUCUUUAACUCCGACGGCGACCUCUGGAAGGUCCAGCGCAAAACCGCCAGUUACGAAUUCAACACCAAGUCGCUCCGGAACUUCGUCAUCCAAACCGUGAGCGUCGAGAUCCAAACCCGGUUAAUCCGGAUCCUCCAAGACUCGGCUCGAACGAACCGGGUCUUGGAUAUGCAGGACGUGUUGGAGCGGUUCGCUUUUGAUAGUAUCUGUAAAGUGGCUUUCAACGUCGACCCGGGUUGUCUCGGUGGAGACGGAACCGCCGGCGGCGAGUUCAUGGCAGCGUUCGACGAGGCGGCGACACUGAGUGCGGGUCGGUUUAUGUAUGCGUUACCGUAUCUGUACAGGAUCAAGAAGUUUUUCAACGUGGGUUCGGAGAUUGGAUUGAGGAAUUCAAUCUCGACCGUUCAUGACUUUGCGGAUAAGAUCAUACGAUCGAGAAUGGAGGAGAGGGCAGAGAGGAAAGACGAAGAUCUACUGUCCCGGUUCAUCGGGACGGAGGAGGACUCGCCGGAGUUUUUGCGAGACAUCGUGAUAAGCUUUAUUCUGGCGGGGCGUGAUACGACGUCGUCAGCUCUGAGUUGGUUCUUUUGGUUGCUGUCAUCAAAACCGGACGUAGAGAAACGUAUACUACAAGAGCUCGAAUCAAUUAGAGUUCAAUACGGUAAAGAAAGAGGAGCUACUUAUAGUUUCGACGAGCUUCGUCGAAUGCAUUAUAUGCAGGCGGCGAUAUCGGAGUCACUGCGGUUAUAUCCGCCGGUGCCGGUGGACACGAAGCUGUGUCAGGACGGCGAUGUGAUGCCGGACGGUACAGUGGUGGGGAAGGGGUGGUUUGUUACGUACCACACCUAUGCCAUGGGGAGGAUGGAGGGCAUUUGGGGAAAAGACUGUUACGAGUUUCGACCGGAACGUUGGAUGGAGAACGGGACGUGUAGGCAAGAGAGUCCGUUCCGUUUUCCGGUUUUUCAUGCCGGUCCGAGGAUGUGUCUCGGGAAGGAUAUGGCGUAUAUUCAGAUGAAGUCGAUUGUAGCAUCAGUUAUGGAGAGGUUUGUGAUUGAUGUACAAGAUAAGGACACAUGUCCCGAACAUUUGUUGUCGUUGACUCUCAGGAUGAAAGGUGGUUUGCCUGUGAAAGUGAAAGAGAGAUGUGUGGAUUGGAUUAAUUGACUUACUUAUUGUAUGUUAGGUUUUGUUACAUGGCAAAACAAGAAUUAUUAUUUGUUUGAUAUAUGUAGUGUUGUUCACCUGUAUGAUUGUAAAACAAAAUCUAUAUACUCAUAUUUAAAAUUAUUAUAUUA